CGACGCUGACGGGUGGGCCUCACGUGACAGGAAGGGAAACACACCGCGAAGCUUUGGCUAAUCCAACCAACAGAGACGGCGCGCAUGGCGACCGCGGCGGCGGCGGCGGUGGCGUCGCUCCGGUACUUCCCCUCCUCCGUCAGGAACCGCAGCUAUCCCGGAACUAUCGGCGGCGGCGCUGUGCUCACGUUUUCUCCGCGGCGGGGCCGCUGUGGGACGGCGGCCAUGGCCGCGCCUUCGCGGGAGGCGGAGCCGGCCUCCUCGCUCGGGGACCUCACCCGCGUAGACUUCCCCAUCCUCGACCAGGAAUUUGAUGGUAAUAAAUUAGUUUACUUCGACAAUGGUGCAACAUCACAGAAACCCUCUCAUGUGAUGAAAGCCUUAGACGACUACUACCGAUUUUAUAAUUCGAAUGUUCAUCGUGGCAUUCAUGCUCUCAGCGCAAAGGCUACUGAUGCAUAUGAGAGUGCAAGAAGGAAAGUUGCAAAUUUCAUCAAUGCGGCUGAUAGUAGAGAGAUUAUUUUUACUCGUAAUGCUACAGAAGCUAUCAAUUUAGUAGCUUAUUCAUGGGGCCUAUCUAACUUAAAACAAGGAGAUGAGAUUAUUCUUACAGUUGCGGAGCAUCAUAGUGCGAUUGUUCCUUGGCAAUUUGUAUCCCAAAAAACUGGUGCUGUCCUAAAGUAUGUUGGGCUGACUAAAGAAGAGGUUCCAGACAUUGAGCAGUUAAAAGGGCUUCUGUCAAGCAAGACAAAGAUUGUUGUUGUCCAUCAUGUUUCAAACGUCCUGGGUUCAAUGCUUCCUAUUGAGGAGGUCGUAUCAUGUGCAAACAAAGUUGGAGCUAAAGUUCUUGUAGAUGCUUGUCAAAGUGUUCCUCAUAUGCCAGUUGAUGUUCAGAAGCUUGGUGCAGAUUUUCUUGUUGCAUCCUCGCAUAAGAUGUGUGGCCCUACAGGCGUCGGAUUCUUGCAUGGAAAAUUUGAGAUCUUGUCAUCUAUGGAGCCUUUCUUAGGUGGUGGUGAAAUGAUUGCAGAUGUGUUCGAAGACAAAUCUACAUAUGCUGAGCCUCCUUCUAGAUUUGAGGCUGGAACUCCUGCAAUUGGAGAAGCUAUAGGAUUGGGGGUUGCGAUAGAUUAUCUGUCACACUUUGGCAUGCAGAGGAUCCACGAGUAUGAGAAAGUGUUGGGGUCGUACCUUUAUGAGAGCCUUCUCUCCGUUCCAAAUGUUCGUAUCUAUGGUCCGGCGCCUUCUGCAAGUGAUCACCGUGCUCCUUUAUGUUCUUUCAAUGUUGAGAAUGUUCAUCCAACAGAUAUUGCCGAAAUUCUUGAUCUCCAGCAUGGCAUAGCGAUUCGGUCAGGGCAUCAUUGUGCACAGAUUUUGCAUCGCACCCUUGGUAUCAAUGCGAGCGCCCGUGCUAGUCUUCAUUUUUAUAACACAAAAGAGGAGGUGGAUGCCUUCAUCCAUGGGCUAAAAGCUACUAUUGAUUUCCUUACUUCCCACCACUAGUGCAGUUCAGUUAGCAAACAUUAGCUUCCUCGUUGUCUCUCACUAGUUCAAGUGCGAUAUAGAAGGCCUACCUGCUCAAACUGUCUGAUGUCUUUCAGCUUUUUCGUGUAAACCAUGCACGGGCAAGUUUAUCUACUCUUGCGCUCUGGAAGUUUCGAGAUAAGUAUUGUUGGCUAUGUAGCUUGGGCGGCUCCGUUUAUUUCCCAUAUAUAAACUGUAUUAUACCUGGACCGUUGGCCAGUUCAUCUGUAAUUUACGAUCUGUCAAUAACUCCAUAACAGUGAGCACGGUGCAUACUUGUGAUUUUGAGGCCCGCACUUUACACAUGUAAUAAUAAGAGACUGAAUAAAGUUUUGUUUUGCUAA